UUCUGCCGCACUUCCAGGAACGGGCGGCGGGCGUUGCUUCCCCACGUGUGGAGAGCGGCCCGGCCCGGUGUGCCCACCGCCAUGGCGGCCGUGCGGGUGGAGGAGGUGCUGGCGGCCGCCGAGGAGCAGGAGGCGGAGAAGCGGCGAAGCGUCACGGUGGAGAAGGAGCUGGAACUGGAGUUCGACCUGGGCAACCUGCUAGCGCUGGACCGCAACCCGCCGCCGGCGGCGGGGCUGCGGGGGGCCGGCCCGCGGCGGGAGGCGCUGCUGCGGGCUCUCGCCCGCGACAACACGCAGCUGCUGGUGUCCCGGCUCUGGGAGCUGCCGGCCGAGCGCGCUGGGGGGGCCGGGGGGCCGCUGGUGGCGCGGCUGCCCGAGCCGGCCUUCCGCCUGCCGCGGGAGAAGCCGCCGCCGAGACCGCGGCCGCCGACCCGCUGGGAGCAGUUCGCGCGGCUGAAGGGCAUCCGCCGGCGCAAGCGGACCUCGCUGGUGUGGGACGAGCAGGCCAAGGAGUGGCGGCGGCGCUGGGGCUACCGGCGGGCGGGCGGCGACCCGGCCCGCGCCUGGCUGGCGGAGGUGCCGGAGGGCGCCGACCCGGAGGAGGACCAGUUCGCCAGGCUGCGGCGGGAGAAGCGGGAGCGGGUGGCACGCAACGAGCUCAACCGCCUGCGCAACCUGGCCCGUGCCCACCGGGCCGGGACUGCCGUCCCUGCCGCACCUCUCCACCCCACUGGCCACCAGAGCCGGGAGGAGCUGAGCCACGUUGCCCGCAUCGCCCGCGUCUCCACCGCCUCGCUCGGCCGCUUCCAGCCCCGGCUGCCCAAGGAGUCGGCGGAGCCGCCAUCCCGCAGCGGCGGCAAGAAGCGACGCUUCGAGCCGCUGCUGGGCAACCUGGCGGCCGAGCGCAGCCGGCAGCUGGAGCUGCUACGGGACAUGGGCAGCAAGAAGCCGGUCCUCGAUAUCACCCGUGCCGUCAACAAGCAGCUGCGGCAGGAGGAAGCCGAGGCGGCUGCCGCCAAGGGCAAGAAGCAGUCGCAGCGGGGGAAGCGUGGCCGCCGGCAGCAGCGGACUGGUCGCAGCAGCAAGAAGAGCGGAGCCCGGCGGCAGCAGCAGCAACAGCGGCCUGCGGGCAGCAGCACAGUCAGUGGCAGGAGAAAGAAGGCGUGAGGGACAGAGGGACUUUGUGCAGCACAGGGCUGUGGAUGCCCCCCAAGGCACAGGAAGGGACUGUCACUGCCAGCCUCCUGCCUGGUGCUCUAUUCCCACACCUAUUUGUCAAUAAAUACGCUCCAGUCUUUCUAAAAUGUCUGCGUUUGGCUCUUAGCUGGCUCUCUGUCCAGGGGGAGCUAGUGGUGUAUUGAGGUGGUCGGGAGCCCCAGUUGCCCCCAGGCUGGGGGUUUCGCAGGGACAGCCAGGUAACAUUGCUUCACAGCUGGCUGCGGCUGCAGUGUUUCUGGGCAGGAAAGUUUUCCCUUGCUCGGAUGGCUGGAACUGGGGCUGGACUGCAGCUGUAACCUCUGUUUUGAUCAAGUAACAGCCUGCUCAGACACAGAUACAGUCGAAGGACGUGGCUUCUGCUCUGGGCAAGUGGCCUGAUGGUGGAGCUCUUGCUCUGUAAGUCAGCUGCUGCUCAACUCUGUGGUAUUGGGGCUCAGUUACAAAAGGAACGUGAAAACUUGCUGUAAGAUUUAUUGCAGGGCCUGCGAAAGUGUACAGAUUUCCUAGAGAGUUAUGCUGAUUAAAUAAAGAAGUCAAAG